GUCGCACAAGUGGCGUGGGCCGGUCUAAGCCGGUAGUUGAGGUGCCGAGGGAAGCUGUAGUGGGAGUGUUCGAGGAUUCGCUUCGUAUAUUUAAGGUUGAAGUUUGCUGCUAAAGAUGGCAGACCCAGAUGUCCUCACUGAGGUUCCGGCAGCCUUGAAGAGGUUAGCCAAGUAUGUGAUCCGGGGGUUUUAUGGCAUUGAGCAUGUGUUGGCCUUGGACAUCUUGAUCCGGAACCCUUGUGUGAAAGAGGAGGAUAUGCUGGAGCUGCUCAAGUUUGACCGGAAGCAACUUCGAUCAGUUUUGAAUAAUUUAAAGGGAGACAAGUUCAUCAAAUGCAGAAUGAGGGUAGAGACUGCUGCAGAUGGGAAAACCACUCGCCAUAACUACUAUUUUAUCAAUUAUCGUACUCUUGUUAAUGUGGUAAAAUACAAAUUGGACCACAUGAGAAGAAGGAUUGAAAUGGAUGAGAGAGAUUCAACCAAUCGGGCUUCCUUCAAAUGUCCUGUCUGUAGUAGUACUUUCACAGACUUAGAAGCUAAUCAGCUCUUUGAUCCUAUGACAGGAACUUUCCACUGUACUUUUUGCCGUACAGAGGUAGAAGAGGAUGAAUCAGCAAUGCCCAAAAAAGAUGCACGCACACUUUUGGCAAGGUUUAAUGAACAAAUUGAGCCCAUUUAUGCAUUGCUUCGAGAAACGGAGGAUGUGAAUUUGGCCUAUGAAAUACUUGAGCCAGAACCCACAGAAAUUCCAGCCCUGAAACAGAGCAAGGACCGUGCAGCAACUACUGCUGGAUCUGCUAGCCUGGCAGGUGGGCACCACCGGGAAGCAUGGACCAGCAAAGGCCCCUCCUAUGAGGACUUAUAUACUCAGAAUGUUGUCAUUAACAUGGACGACCAAGAAGAUGUUUAUCGCACCUCUGUGGAGGGGAAAUCUGCCAAAGAGAGACCCAUUUGGUUGAGAGAGAGCACUGUCCAAGGGGCAUAUAGUUCUGAAGAGAUGAAGGAAGGUGGCAUAGAUAUGGACACAUUUCAGGAGCAUGAGGAGGGCCGUGCAGCGCCUGAUGAUAAUGAGGAGGUCAUGCGAGCACUCCUCAUUCAUGAGAAGAAGACUCCCUCUGCCACAGCUGGCUCAGUGGGGGCAGCUGCUCCUGUGACUGCUGCCAAUGGCAGUGACUCAGAGAGUGAGACCAGCGAGUCAGAUGACGACUCUCUGCCACGUCCUGCAGCCGUAGCUGCGCGUCAUCGGGAAGAAGAUGAGGAGGAGGACGAUGAGUUUGAGGAAGUAGCAGAUGACCCCAUUGUCAUGGUAGCUGGCCGUCCAUUCUCCUACAGUGAAGUGGGCCAGCGGCCAGAGCUGGUGACCCAAAUGACACCAGAAGAGAAAGAAACAUACAUAGCAAUGGGACAGCGCAUGUUUGAGGACCUCUUUGAGUGAAAUUUUGCUGCUUUCUGUAAUGCUAAUUUCAAAAAGAAACUCUCUACCUUUGAAGAAAAGUGUUUAAGUGGCUCCUUGUCCCUCUUUAUGUAAAGCACCUGUUAAUCUAGAGCAAAGGCUAACAGGAGAGAAAGUUUGGGUUUUAUGCCAGAAACUUCCCAGAAAGGUAGGUUGACUAAGCAUUCCCUUCCCUGUUACCACUGCUAUUCAUAUUUUACUGUAUUUCCUUAUCUCAGUUUUUCCUUUCCUUUUUAAAAGACACAUUUUUCUCCCUCUAAAACACUGGGGGAAGUCCGUAAGGUAAAUUCUUCUUGCCUGCCUACAGAAGCCCACUAUGAAUGUUAUGGUAAUUUGCUAGUGAAAUCCUUUUUAUCUGUUCUGACCCAAGUAUUCCAAACAAUUCCUUAUAUUGCUGUCAAUCAAAGGAGCUUGUCAAUAGGCAAAUCUCUGAUAAGAGGUGGAAAAGUCCUAACAAUUCAUCUUCCCUCAAAUUAAGGUUAGGGUCAGUAUGUAAGGGGAGGUGAUGGUGUGUGUAGAAGAGGAAUAUAUAUACCGAAAUCUUGUGAUUAAUAUCUAAACCAGAAUUUGUGUCUUUAGAACUGAUCAGAUUGGUGGAUUCUAUUGUUUUGCUUAAUGCUUUUUGGUUUAGAUUUUGAGUUUUAGAAAACAAAAGUAUGCUUGGUAAAUCCUUAUGAAGAGAUUAGAAAAAAAUGUGGACAAACGACAGAGUCCAUGUAAAGUGCUGAGGAUAAGAGAGCAUUGGCAACAGUGCCUUAUGACUGCCUGGGUUCUGAUUUGGAAAUCCUUUAUGUAGAGUUGAGAUUGGUCCCAGUUUUUUCUGUUGCUUCUAUAGAUCUCUUGCUAUAAAUUAAAGAGACCAUUCCAGCAGAGAUCAGCAUAGAAUAAUUGAUUAUUCCACUAUCUCUCUCACUUUCAAACAUCAUUAAAGACUUUCUUUGUGUCUCUUGAGUGUUGUCAAACAUACUUUAGUGCACCCAGUAUAUUGUUGAAUAUUGUAACAUCAAAGAACAUGCUUUAUUUGAGCUCUGAUAUGUAUGUGGCAUGGUAUUAUUCCUGGUGGCAGAACUUUAAAAAUAAAAGAC